ACAAGAUAGGUAACUCUCAUCUAAUGUGCAUGAGGAUUUGUUAUUAAUUUGUUGGGGAAAUUGUAGAUCUUUCACGAGCCCUACAGACUACCUACUCGAAUGACAAUCACCUACAUCAAUACGUCUCGUUGUUUUGACACCAGUUUAUACUGAAAUAGAAUCAAAAUUAUGACAUUUUGAAGAACUUUGAUCUUGGAAGAAAAUGGCUACAGGAGAAGACAGCUACUACAUUACGUUAUGUAAAAAUCCUGUGAGAUUUGAGCCUGUCAGCAAGGCGAACAAUGUCUUCUUUGAUGAUGCAAAUAAGCAGGUAUUUGCGGUGCGGUCAGGAGGCGCAAUGGGUGUAGUGAUGAAGGGGCCUGAAGAGAAGACCAUGGCCUCUUUCAGGAUGGAAGACAGAGGGGAUAUCAUUUCAAUCAAGUUUUCUCCUGACAAAAGAAUUUUAGCAGCACAACGUUCCAUCAAAACAGUGGAAUUUCUAAAUUUCCAGGAGGACCUAAGUGUGGAACAGCAGGAAUAUUCCCAGUCCUGUAAAGGGAAAACAACUGAAGUACGAGGCUUUGUCUGGAGCUCCCCCAAUGAGAUUGUAUUGAUCACCAGCAGUGGCUUGGAACAUUACCAGGUCAUUCCAGAGAAAAGGACCUUGAAAAGUCUGAAGUCUUUGAGCCUGCAGGUCAACUGGUAUGUGUGGCUGAGCUCCAGUGGACUUUUACUUGUGUCAUCUGGGACCCUUGGCAAUACAUUGCACCCUUUUCAGUUUCGGCAACCGGGAGUGAUGACGAGACUGGCCAAGUUUGAGGUGGACCUGCCAGUGAUUCCCAAACCUCAGAAGCUGUGUUUGCUGGACCGGGAUGUGACCAUCGCUGAAAUAUAUGACCAGCUGUACAUCGUGAUCCUGCGUCAUCCGCCGAGUGCAGCCAGUGGAGCUGAGAUCGUCCUCUAUCAACUGCAGAAGGAGAGUCCAGCCAGGAAGUCGGAUGUUCUUAAACUGGACAUGAGUGGACGUUUUGCUAUCAAUGUGGUGGACAAUCUGGUGAUGGUGCACCACCAGGCAUCCAAGACAUCUGUGAUAUUCGACAUCAAGCUGGAGGCAAAGUCUGACGGCUACGUCAACUAUCACUACCCGGUGUUGUCUCCCCUGGGGAUACGACCCUUCAAGCUCUUGUUGCCUUCUGUGAAUAUGCAAGCCGGAACAGACAAAACUGAAUACAACUGUGAAUUGUAUUCUGCCAACUGGAUUGUCUUUCAACCUGACAUUGUGAUUGAUGCCAAGCUGGGAUGUUUGUGGACUCUUCAGAUGAACUUAAAUCCUCUGGUGACCAUGAUCCCAGACAAGGACCGCCUGAUCCAGUUCCUGCUGUACCGGACAGACAGUAAGGGCGUGGUCCUGUCCGUGUGCGCCCAGAUGUUGGUGCCGGGCUCUCAGGCCAGUCUGCAGUCCCUGGCCCGAGUCUAUGACAUGCUCAACCUCAGCUACAAGCAGUACCUCACCACAGAGUCUCAGGUCAUGAAUGGCGAGCUUGCUUCUGGCAGUUCCAGCAAACGUGUUGUGGUGGACCAGUCUGAUAUGUUCACCCAUGUUUUCUCUGUGUUUGAGGAGUACAAGGACAUCAAGUACAAGUUCAUGGUGGCUGUGCUCAUCGAGUACAUUCGAUCUCUCAACCAGUUUGGCAUCCCGGUGCAGAGAAUUCAAACGGCAAAUGAAGAGAUCAUUGAAGUCCUGCUGUCAAAACAGCAGCUUCUUCCAGCACUGAGAUUUAUUAGGAGUGUCGGAAUUGUAGACACCGUCUCCUCUCGGAAGUUCCUGGAGGCCGCUCUCAGUACAGAGGACAGUCGUAUUUUUUACACUGUCUUCAAGUUCUUCGAGCACAGGAAUCAGAAAUUGCGGACUAACCCGCGCUUUCAAACAGGGGAACAUUGUGAGGAUUACGUGAAACAUUUUGAGAAGACGUUUGGACAAGAUGCACUGAUGCCCAUCCCAACGUUCCAGUAGCUGGUGCCGUGCAAUACAUUACGCCGUUAUUGUUGUCCUCGUGCUAUAUACGUGUACGAUUCUGUGUGGCUGUUUUCUACUUGGAAACUUGUGCUGAGGAUAGGAUUAGUACCAGAAAACAAUUAGUUUUCCUAAAUUAUAGGUGGGAUAGCACAUUUAUACACUUGUGUAUUCUGGUGCUGGUCCGACUGCUAAUUUGUAAAUGUCAAACUACGAUUUUUCUUUGUGGGAAUCUUCACACUGUAAAUUUAGAAACUAAGAAUAAUGUCAAAGUGAAAAAUACCCAGUGUUUUUGUUCUGUUUUUGCCUUGUUCCACAGAGUGCUCGCUGUGAAGUUUGACUGUCUGGUUUUCUUACACAAGUUUGUUCUAUUAUUUGUUGCUUCUAUUUUUACACGUGUUUCACUAAAGACGGUGAAAGUAAAAUAGAAGCAACAGACAUGUGGUUUCUUGGGAGACUGCUAAGAGUAUCA